AUGAAACUUGCGCAGAUUCUUGCGUUUGCUUGGCCGACGGUCUCGUUCGUGACUGAUGGGUACGAGUUUUCGAGCACAAGGACGUCAGACACUGUGGCUUCGACGCCUGUCAAGAACUCAGUGAACGAGGAAAAUUCCAUCUACGGUGGCUCGGAAGCGGAUAUCCAGGACUACCCCUUUGUUUCGAGCCUUCGCUUCGAAGCAAAGGACAAGACGUUCUGUGGUGGUUCAUUGAUUGACGCACAGUACAUUGUGACGGCAGGUCAUUGUGUCAAGAAGAAGGGGGGCACGGUUAUUGCCCAUCUUGGUACAGCACUUGGCGCUGGUCCAACUUCGGGUGAGGAGAAGAUUAAAGUUGUUGCUGAAUUUCGACACCCGAUGUACGUGGAGAAGACCCAUUUAUACGAUGUGGGACUGAUGAAACUCGAGAGGCCGUCCAAGCACAAGCCGGUGAAAUUAUGUGCAGUAGAUGGCUCGGACAAUGAGGUUGGCACGGAAGGUACCGUGCUUGGAUGGGGCAAGACUGAGAACGGAUCGGUGAGCAAGACGCUCCAACGAGUGAAUCUCGGGGUCAUUUCUAAUGCCGAGUGCAACAAAUUGUACAACAACCGCAUUACCGAGAGUAUGAUGUGCGCAGGAAACGGAGGUGGCAAGGAUUCGUGCAAUGGGGACUCGGGUGGUCCGUUGGUGACUAAAAAUGGCACUUUGAUUGGAUUCGUGAGCUGGGGUGGCAAGUGUGGGGUUAGUGCAGGCGUCUUCAUGCGUCUCACUUCCGUGAUGGAGUUCAUCAAUGGCGUUCUAAGUGGCAAUAUGGACAGCACUUCGUUGUCCCGCUCACUGGAGGAACCGACAUCUUCUACUCUGACUACAGUCGAAUCUGCCGACACGCCGACGGGGGGAUCUUCCGUCGCAUCAGUAGCGUUUGCUACAUCAUCACGCUGCAAGGUUCGUCGUGGUCGUCGACGCCUGUCAGAUUUUGAAGAAAAAGUGAAGGAAGAUGUGAAGGCCGCCCGGCUCGCUAAAAAAGCGGCUGAGAAGCUAGAGGCUGAUGCUGACAAAGCGCUGGAAGAAGGGGUAGCGGGCAGCGAUGAAGAAGAGGUGGAGGAUGCCAAGCAGGUCAAGGCUGUCGCAAAGGAAGAAGAAAAGAGAGCGAAAAAGGUGAUUGCGUUGGACAAGGAGUUGGAAGAGGAUUUGGAAGAAGAGGAGGUGGAAGAAGAAAUUGAAAAGCUGGAAAAGGGGGAAGACGAAGACAAAGAGGAGGCUGAGUCCAGCAAGAAGUCCAAGGCGUCAACCGCGGAAGUAAAAGUGGAGAACGAUGUAAAGGCCGCCCGGCUCGCCAAAAAAGAGGCUGAGAUGCUAGAGGCUGCAGCUGACAAUGCGCUGAAAGAAGGGGUAGCGGGUAGCGAUGAAGGAGAGGUGCAAGAUGCCGUGGUAGUGAUGGCUGCUGCGAAGAAGCAAGAAAAGAAGGCGAAACAGAUGAUUGCGGCAGACAAGGAGUUGGAAGAAGAGCUGGAAGAAGAGGAGGCAGAAGAGGAAAUUGAACAUCUAGUGAAGAAGGAAGAAGAUGAAGAGGAGACCAAGGCCGCCAAGAAGUCGACGACAUCGUCAAAGGAGACCAUGUCUGAUGAUGAGAGCGAUGCUGACGACAAGGUCGAGGCCUCGUCGAAGACGUCAACGAAGUCGCUGACCAAGGCCAAGUCUGAAGCGCAAGAAGACGACGACGAUUGGGAAGAGGAAGAGGAGGAGGAGGAAGCGACUGCUGCUCCAAAGACGAUAAAGAAGGCAGCAAAGGAGUCUGAGAGUGAAGAGGAAGAGGAGGAAGAAGACGAAGAAGACGAAGAGGACGUAACGCUAGCUCCAACAAAGAAAGCAGCCAAACCGGAGACCAAGAAGAAGCAGGACGAAGAAGAGGAGGAGACCGAGAGUGGUGAAGACAGCGAAGAGGACGUUGCUGAUCCUGUCGAAUAA